UGUAUACAAGAGGAUUGGUCCAUAAUCCAAAAAUGUUACACUCAACCUUCAGGUGAGCAUGGUAGGCCAUGGAUGAUAAGUACAAUUUUCGGUGAGAUAAUGAGUCUCAUUUCCUUGAUUUCCCAUCCCAAAUCCUUCCAGAAGGAAAAGGGAAAUCAUGUAAAUUGCUUCUGGGCCUCAUGGGAACAACAUGUUAUACAGACUUAAUACGCGACCCUAAAUAUUCCCUUUAUCUGUGUUUUCAGAGGGACUGAGUACCUCUGUACUUGAUAUAAAUACUGAGCAUUGCUGCUCUCACCUGUUGACGCACACUCAUGAACAUACAGGUAACUACUCUAAACGUACUUCACUGGCUUAUUCUCUUUGUUCAUUUCACCUCCUGAUACACAAUCACAAGCGUCACUGAUCCACAACAAAUCUGGGUUUGUGUCUGGUUUCAUGUCUGUGUGUAUGCGUGUCGGUGGUUACGUGUUUUCGGGCCACGCUUAUCUUCCGCACAAAGCUUCUCAUUGUUUCCAAGCGUGAAUGUGUGACGGCAGCACAGAGGCCAGUAGCGUGCGAGAUCUUUGUAUAGCUCUCAUCCAGUCCUCCUCCUCCGUUUCCUCCCUUGGCCUCCCUCCACAUUCGUUAUUUUUCCAUUUUACAUGUGUACUUUCCAUGAUGGAAGCCUGUUAGUAGAAAAAUGAAGAUACCCACAAAACGACCUGCGGCACCAAACUGAAAUGGCAACGGACGUCGGGCAUUUCCGCAAAUUUGCUCACAGUUAAAUGAACCAGAAAAGGUCCAUUAAAGCAUGUCUCCAGCGUAAAUGAAAUACAUUAUGACAAAGAUGAACAAGCCUAAGUGCAGUAAUAACUUCAACAUUCUCUAAUUAGCACAAACCCAACACAGAAAAAGUCAGGGCUCUGAAAUUGAGCGCCUGCAGGUUAUGACGCCAACGAGCAAGCUUCAAUCUUCUCAUCAGAUGGACAAGGGAAAUUGCCGAAGGACCCACCCAAUGUCAUACACUGUGUUGGUUCCACAUUAUGAUGAGAUGGGCUAACCCGUCAUCGUCAUGGUGAGCACACAUCCUCAAUUGUCAAAUUGGCCUACAAACAUUAUUUUUUUCAAAUGUUUCAAAACUGCAGAUCUUUCCCACACAUGUGUAGAUCACCAUGGCUUGGUCGACGGGCACAACCGCCUUAAAUAAGUGCAACACCUGUUUCAAUCUGUGAAGUUGGAUGAAACUAUUGGCAUCCAACCAAACAACGUGAUGUUGUGUAGCAGUACAAGCGCAGCUGUAAUUAAUAGUGGACUAUUAAUGACAGUUUCUUUCAAGCUAUCCAAGCUUCAGAGCCCAGUGUUGUUCACAGUUGCUGAUUGGCACGGGGGAGACUUCAUGGGAACUCUACCAUAACCAAUGCUGAUAAUGACAUCUUUGAGUUUGGAUCAAUGGCAAUGUUUCUUACAUAUUAUUUACCUAAAAAUGAAUUGUUUCCUGCCCUUUGCAUUGCUGCAUAACCAUUAAAAAAAGACCGCAAUAAUAAACCACCGCUUCCUAAUUCUGAAAAUAAGUUGUUCACACAGUGAAACCGUGGUUCGGUGGCUUCAUCAUUUGAGGUUUACCUCAACCAAAGUCAUUACUGUUCCCUCGAUGCAGCUGUGCCUGCCAGAUAUCAGCCAAAAUUGGACGUGGGAUAAUUGCUGCAGAUGUUUUGGAUUGGGAGCUUCUAUGCCUCAAGACAUAUCCGGAGACCUUGCGCAUGCAUACCCAUGAUGCACCAUGGGCUCCGUUUUAAGGUGACGCGAGCGGUCGGUAGUCUCACCGUCUGAAAAGAGAAAGGUGAGCGUGAUCAACAAAAGGGGACACAGUGUAAAUGGGAAAAUUUGACGAGACUGACUCACAUCUUUCUGCAUCUUUAUCACGGAUGACGCACACGAUGAGGGGCAACGGGAAGCGGGAGCGGGAAGACGCUCGUUUUCCAUUAGCAAGGCAUGAAUGUUUUCUCUUAAAUCCUGAAGCACGUUAAUUAAAAUGUGUCUGCUUUUUUGAAAUCUGCACCAUUUCCAUGAAAUGCGGCGUCUCCGAGAAAAUAAAGUAUUUCCUAACCACACUUCAGAAAGAAACACCUGGCUGCACGCAUGAUCCAUAAUCUGCCUGAAGUGGGAAUUUUGCAGAUAGCAUUGCCAAAAAACAAUUUUCUCAAAAUAUAAAGUGCAACAUGCAUGAACGGAGGGACUACAGCCAUCUAAUGCAAAAAGCAUGUCUGGAUAAGUGCAUGUUGUUCGGAAUGGGACAACUCAAACUCCCGCUAAAUAAUGAAUUAAUAUCCCUGAAUGAGGGGCCCCCUCCUUCCGCCUCCUCCCCCUGCUCCUUGCAAACGCUCCGUCGAGGGAGCCAACCACAGCCUCGCACGCUGUCUACGGCUUCCCAUAGGCCCCUCCUCUUUCCCUCCAUGCCUAUUUAGUCCACGGACAUCACCAGACACAGACACACACACACUGAAGAGCUGCUUCUGCCACGAGCAGCUUGGGAGACGGGAGGCUGCCCGAAAAACAGACUCUUUAAAAUACAGGGCACAUGCUGAGAGCAGCAACAACAACAGCAGCACCAGGAGCAGCCUCGGACACCCCCACCAGGAGCGUCAGUAGGAGCCACCGGACACACGCGGGGAGGCGCGCCGUUACCCGAAGACCGCAGCCACGAGAUGGGUUGCUCCUCAGGCCGCCAGCCCGCCGUCCAUCACACGGACCUGGACGGCGGCGACAGCAGCGAGGCUAACACUUUACCCCAGGACUCUGAGAAUCAGAACCAGGGGUCGAACGGCUGUGGAGACGGAGGAGGAGGAGGAGCACCAGGAGGGCAAGGAAGUGUUGGUAGAGACCAAGGCAAACGUCCAGAGACCCUGGCCACGCUGGAGAGACUCACCCAGGCUACGGGCGGGACAGAGAAGUCCUGGUACCGCUGCGUGUUCCCGUUCGGCGUGAUAUCGCUGGUCAUUGGCAUGGCGGGCACCGGGGUGACGUUCACUUUCAACACGCUGCUCCAGACCAAAGUGGUGUCCGUGGCACUGCUGUGUGCCGGCGUCGUGAUGCUGCUGGUGGCAGCCGUUUGCUGGAGGGCCCACAGACUCAGGAGGAGGAAAAAGAAGGAAGGAGGAUUCUUCGCCGCGGAUCAGGCAACUUUGUGAUGGGGGCGGGGGGGGGG